GGAGCGCGGCAGUAGCGGUGAAUUUUGAGGGGUGGGUUGGGGGCGCGCCCGGCCGUCCCCGGUGCUGCUGGGGGCUCCGGGAGCCGCCGCGGCGUUUCCCGGUCGUCGCGGCCUGGCUGUCCCGAGUCCCCGCGGCCAGAGUCCCGGGUGGGGGAGGGAGGAAGCCGGAGCCUCAGGCGGCCGCACGUGAACGAAAAGCACAAGAAGAAACUUUUCCAGGCAUCGUUGAUUUGACGACGGCACUGAUCCUCCGAAAUCACAGGAAAGAGUUCUGAUGGUCAGUCAUACAGAGGAAGGCCUUGAGCUUGUGGGUUUUGGAGAAUCUGUUCUGAAGAUCUAAAAAGUGCAAAAGGAGAAGUACAAAUGUCUACCACAAGACGAAAACGUAAUGUGUUAUGUUGUUUACCGUAAGCUGUAGUAAAAUGAGCUCAAUUGUUGACAGAGAUGACAGUAGUAUUUUUGAUGGAUUGGUGGAAGAAGAUGACAAGGACAAAGCAAAAAGAGUAUCUAGAAACAAAUCUGAAAAGAAACGUAGAGAUCAGUUCAAUGUUCUCAUUAAAGAGCUGGGAUCUAUGCUUCCUGGUAAUGCUAGAAAGAUGGACAAGUCCACUGUUCUGCAGAAGAGCAUUGACUUUUUACGCAAACAUAAAGAAAUCACUGCACAGUCAGAUGCUAGUGAAAUUCGACAGGACUGGAAACCUACAUUCCUUAGUAAUGAAGAGUUUACACAAUUAAUGUUAGAGGCUCUUGAUGGUUUUUUUUUAGCGAUCAUGACAGAUGGAAGUAUAAUAUAUGUAUCUGAGAGUGUAACUUCAUUACUUGAACAUUUACCAUCUGAUCUUGUGGAUCAAAGUAUAUUUAAUUUUAUCCCAGAGGGAGAACAUUCAGAAGUUUAUAAGAUACUCUCUACUCAUCUGCUGGAAAGUGAUUCAUUAACCCCUGAGUAUUUAAAAUCAAAAAAUCAGUUAGAAUUCUGUUGUCACAUGCUUCGAGGAACAAUAGACCCAAAGGAGCCAUCCACCUAUGAAUAUGUGAGAUUUAUAGGAAAUUUUAAAUCUUUAAACAGUGUAUCAACUUCAGCACACAAUGGUUUUGAAGGAACCAUACAGCGCACACACAGGCCUUCUUACGAAGAUAGAGUUUGUUUCGUAGCUACUGUCAGGUUAGCUACACCUCAGUUCAUCAAGGAAAUGUGUACUGUUGAAGAACCCAAUGAAGAGUUUACAUCUAGACACAGUUUAGAAUGGAAGUUUCUAUUUCUAGAUCACAGGGCACCACCAAUAAUAGGCUAUUUGCCAUUUGAAGUUUUGGGAACAUCAGGCUAUGAUUACUAUCAUGUGGAUGACCUAGAAAAUCUGGCAAAAUGUCAUGAGCACUUAAUGCAGUAUGGGAAAGGCAAAUCAUGUUAUUACAGAUUCCUGACCAAAGGACAGCAGUGGAUUUGGCUUCAAACUCAUUAUUAUAUCACUUACCAUCAGUGGAAUUCAAGGCCAGAGUUCAUUGUUUGUACUCACACUGUAGUAAGUUAUGCAGAAGUAAGGGCUGAAAGACGGCGAGAACUUGGCAUUGAAGAAUCUCUUCCUGAGACGACUGCUGACAAAAGCCAAGAUUCUGGGUCUGACAAUCGUAUAAAUACAGUCAGUCUCAAGGAAGCACUGGAAAGGUUUGAUCACAGCCCAACUCCGUCUGCCUCUUCUAGAAGCUCCAGAAAGUCAUCUCACACAGCAGUCUCAGACCCUUCCUCAACACCGACAAAGAUCCCUACUGACACUAGCACUCCUCCCAGACCACACCUGCCAGCUCAUGAGAAGAUGACACAGCCGCGGAGGCCAUCCUUCAGCGGUCAGUCCAUAAACUCCCAGUCUGUUGGUCCAUCAUUAACACAGCCAGUGAUGUCUCAAGCUGCAAAUUUACCAAUUCCACAAGGCAUGUCACAGUUCCAGUUUUCAGCUCAGUUAGGAGCCAUGCAGCAUCUGAAAGACCAGCUGGAGCAGCGGACGCGGAUGAUAGAGGCAAAUAUUCAUCGGCAACAGGAAGAACUGAGGAAGAUUCAAGAGCAGCUUCAGAUGGUCCAUGGUCAAGGGCUUCAGAUGUUUUUGCAGCAAUCAAACUCUGGAUUGAAUUUUGGGUCUGUUCAACUUUCCUCUGGAAAUUCUAAUAUUCAGCAACUCACACCUAUAAAUAUGCAAGGCCAAGUCGUUUCUGCUAGCCAGAUUCAAAGUGGAAUGAAUACUGGACAUGUCAGCACAAGCCAGCACAUGAUACAACAACAGACUUUACAGAGUACAUCAACUCAGCAGAGUCAACAGAAUGUCAUGAGUGGACAUAGUCAGCAAACGUCUCUUCCAAACCAGACGCCGAGCACUCUCACAGCCCCGCUGUAUAACACAAUGGUGAUCUCUCAGCCUGCGUCUGGGAGCAUGGUCCAGAUCCCAUCCAGUAUGCCCCAGAACAGUACGCAGAGUGCUACGGUAACCACGUUCACUCAGGACAGACAGAUAAGGUUUUCUCAAGGUCAGCAACUUGUGACCAAAUUAGUGACUGCUCCCGUAGCGUGUGGGGCCGUCAUGGUACCAAGUACCAUGCUUAUGGGUCAGGUGGUGACUGCUUACCCUACCUUUGCCACACAACAGCAGCAAGCUCAGGCACUGUCGGUAACGCAGCAGCAGCAGCAGCAGCAGCAGCAGCAGCAGAGUUCCCAGGAACAGCAGCUUCCUUCGGUUCAGCAAUCACCUCAGGCUCAGCUGACCCAGCCACCACCACAGCAGUUUUUACAGACAUCUCGGUUGCUCCAUGGGAAUCCUUCAGCUCAGCUCAUCCUCUCUGCCGCCUUCCCACUGCAGCAGAGCACCUUCCCUCCGUCGCAUCACCAGCAACACCAGCCUCAGCAGCAGCAGCAGCAGCAGCAGCUUAGUCGGCACAGGACUGACAGCCUGACUGACCCUUCCAAGGUCCAGCCCCAGUAGCACACACAUAACUUCCUCUCUGACACUAGAGGAAGGGGAGGCCAGCCGGUCACUCAGAUGACAGGGUUAGAAGUUGAGCAGUUCUGUGAGGGUGGGCUUGAGUGGUCCAGUUCCUGGAUUAGUCGGUAGGGAAAUGCUGCCCAGUGCUACAGAUGUACAUUAAAUACCAGCCGAUGGGAGAUGAUUACAGGGACACAGCCAAUUCUGCAGUUUCUUUACCCAGAUAUUUUUUUAAUGGAAAAAGAGUCUAUUGCCAAAUGUUAACAAGCUCAACUAUCAUGACCUUUAUCGAAUCAGAAAAGCACUAACAAUGUUGGUAGCUUAGUGGUUCUGUGCCUGGUAUCAGAUGUUACAGAGGACACACCACUGCCAGGGAUUUGCUUAGAUUGCCAUGAAGAUAGUCCUGUAGUUAGUAGUCCCUACCCCAGCUCCCCUCCCUGUUCAGAUAAUGAUGGAUCAGUGAUUACUUGCAGAAUGUUGUGCAGGUUUGAAUUCUCUAUGUAUAGAUGCUAUAUAGAUGUGUAUGUGUCUGGAUGGAGAAGAGAAAGCAAACUUUCUGUAUGCAGCAUGAAAGCAUUAUCUGUCCCUUACAGGUAUGAGUACAUUUCAUUAGAUUUUGACACCAUGUACAAACUGGUAACAGCCUCUCUUUUUCAUUUUGUUUACAACACAAUAGUGUUCUAGUCACUUUUUCCAGGGCACAAGUUUUUUUUUGUUCACGCUUUGGCUGUGAUGUCACAGUUUGUUCAGUGAGGUAUAAUGUGCUGCUGGUUAAAUUAUUGCUACAUUUCCUUUUAUUCAGAAAUAGCCCUUAUUUCAUUAUUUUUCAAUUAUGUUUGAAAAUAGAAUUGCACUGCUUUAUUUUAGAUGGUUGGUUGAGUUUGAUCACAUAUUUUGAUAUAUUUCAUAGUUGGAAUAUUUAUGUAAAUGGUUUUCAACAAGCCUGAAAGUGAUUUCAAGAAUGUUUCAGUUAUAAGAGUAAAAUUUGCACACAGAACAUUUUAGGCACUUUUUAACAUUCUCAAUGGUGGGAAUUUUAACUUUUAGGAUUUGUUGGAGUCUUUUUAUUAUCUUUAAAAUUUUCAAUGCUUCUUUUAGUUAAAAUGAUUCAGGGUUAUUUGAGGGGGAAAAAACCCAUAGUGCCUUGAUUUUAAUUCAGGUGAUAACUCACCAUCUUGAAUUCAUCGUCUGGUUUCAGUAGCAGUGUUGAAACCUUAGUACAUUUUUAGCAGCAUGUGGGUCUCGGUGUCAUUCUCUGGCUCCCAUGAAGACUGCUACAUCUCUUGGACUGCCCUAACAGUAUCAGAGUUGUUAAAGUGAUCCCAGAAUUGUUUCCAAAUUAGUAUCUUCCUUUUAAGCUAAGUAGUCCUUUAAGAAUUACCAUUUAAUACUUGUUCAGAGAAAUGGGGUAGAAAUUGUCUUUAACUUUCAUCGAAACACUAGAAUAUUACAACUCACAUGCUUUCUAAACAUGAAUUAAGAUUUCAUCUGGCAAUAUCACACUCUCCAGGUAAUAAACUCCAACAAAGUUACAUAUAUUUUAAAAAGCAUUUUUUUUAGAUUUUAUGGUACUAAUAAUGAAAUUUGCAAUUAUAGAACAAAAGAUAAGUAGAAAAUAGAAUAUAAAACAUUACUGAGAAAAGGGAGGACAAGUGUGACAAAUUAGAAUUGACCUUCAAAGAAAGUGUGUAAGGGUGAGGCUGCUAAACAAAGGUUCCCAGCAGUGAAACUAACCUACUGCAGAAUCGCUAGAUAAGGGCUCUGGGGAGCGCGCGCGCCGAGUCAGUUAUGGGUCCUCGGCUUUGUUGCCAUCCUUAAGCAUGUCUUUGUUUUCCUGUUUACCUGGCUGCAAUUCAGUUAGAAGUUAGUGGUGACAACGAAAACAACCAAAGAAAUUGGUACCUACCCUUCUGCAGAAGAAGUGUGGCCAGGUACCAGUCAGUAACUAACAUAUCACAGUCCUUCUGGCUGACAUUCGUAUGAAUACCCCGAAGAGUUGCAAGAAUACAUGCAUAUGUAAGCUUGUGUACCCGUGAUAAAGUUGAUGUAAGUAGAGCACCCACAUUGCUUUUCUCCCCUCCCAAAUUGCCUUCUUGAUCUUAUGCCAUUCCAUGUCAUCUGAGUUGUGCCUCCUUGACUUUGGCAAUACCUAGUGACGAGGGUUUAGCUCACAGGAGAUACAGUAUACUAAUUAUGUAAUUCCUGUUGUUCUUCACAGUUCAUCUUCUUGCCUAAAAGCAGUUGGUAAAGGAGCGCCUAGCCACUAAUUUUGCUGUCCAUUUGGAAAGUUGUGCUGGGCAACACUUGUCGGCACCAGCUGCCUCUCGGCUCCUUCAUUCUUGGUUUCUUUGGGUGGCAAACUGUCCCUGUCUGCUUCCUACAGACUUGAGCAUUCUGAUGAAGAUUCAUCUGUUGCCUGUUCUUUGUUUCUAUAGCCAAAGUUGUUGACUGAAACCUAAAUCUAAAAUCUAAAUCAUGAAAAGAUACCAAAUAGAAACACUUCACAGCUUAUAAACCUUAAUGUCCCCUGCUCUAUUUCAUGGGGAUUCAUUUUUCUUUACAAUUGUAUUCUGGGCAGCACUUUUUAGUUAAGAAUUGUUAGGGUGCGGGUCAGCUAGGUUCUUGUUGCCCUGAAGGUACUUUGCUCUGCGCUGCUCUGUAGAACAUGGGUGUUGCUGAUCCCUUGGGAUGAGAACAGUCAAGCACACAGCUGCUCUUGAGGCCGCUGUCAGACCAGAGCCUAGACAUGGAAGUACUCCUCUUCUCUUCCCUAGAGUAGUAACUGUGGGGCGGGGAGCAGAGGGGACAGGUGGAGCUGCAUGCAAAUGAGCACUACAGGCCCUGCCCCAAGCUCCACCCUAAAUUUAGGGUAGCUUUAGAGUGCUGUGUUCUGCUGUUGCAUAGACAGGGCUUAGGAAUGUCCUACUAAUCAAAGAAUGCCAGUGGUUUUGAGUUUGUGAGAGAACACUCUGCAAACUAGUGAGUGUUUGAAUUCCGGGUGCUGUCGUUGGUCGUUGCCUUAAAGCAGUCUCUUGAAGUAGGUUGGGAGCACUGAAGCAGUCCAGCUGUGAGGGAGCUGAGCCCUUGUUCAAGCCUUAGAAAGGACCCUUAAAGUAGUAGUCUACAGAGGUAGGUUCUUUUCACUUGGAAUAGUACUGUCCCUUUAAAAUGUUUCCGCUACAUUGAGGCAUUUUUUUUUUUCCAAGUGGAACACAGAUAGCAUUUUUAGUAUUUCUUUUUUCUGUUUCUUUGGUGAUUAAAGGUUUGUCGUAACAUUUGUGUAAAACUCGUUCAAGCCUAUCACCUUUCCAGUACCUGUGGUCCUGUUCUUAGCACCACGGAGUCCACGUUGGAAGGUAUAAACACUGGAUAUUACUAUUGUUGAGGGCAUAGAGCCAGGAGUCAGCUGACUGGAACUCUUCAGUGGUGGAGAAGAAACAGCACAAAGGCAGGCACUUGCCGUUGUCCUAGUCCUUAGGAAAGAAACCUUUUCAGUUUGUCUGGGUUGAGUGAACACUCUUCUAAGAGGAGCUUCUGAAGUAAAUGCAAAGGAAAGAGUUGACUAUUUUUAUAGCAUAUUUAAUAUAUUUGUAUAGAACUAUGAGUGUAGUAGGAACCCUCCACCUGCCUCCCACUUUUCUAAUCCCCCCCCCCUUGCCAUAGUACAGCCUCAUCUGCAUGGGUAAUGUGCCUAUUGUCAGCCUACCUACCAAAAGAUAGUGCUGCUGCUUUCUGAGACAGGUGAGAUCAGACUCUCAUGCCUGGGGAUCCUUUAUGGGAGGAAUAGCACACACUUAGAACAACAUACCACAGUCUAAAAGCAUCAUUUUGAAAGGUAAUAAGCACUUUAUUGCAAUUAUUCAUUUAGAUAAAGUUUGUAUCUUAGGCAUUAACCAUUUUAAAGGAUCCCCUAAUCAUCACUUAGGUGAAAUUAUAAAUGACACAUUUCUGAGAAAUGUUUAGAUCCAGUGAACCGUAGCAGGUUUAUGGGAGUGAUUUCAAGGUAGCCAAAUAAACUCUGACUUUUGUUUUGAAUGUGGUGGAGUCAGGAGAUUAUAGAUGCGUAGUUCCAUUUAAACACUAUUGUAAACCUAUCUUGCCUAUUGUGUGGACACCAAAAGAGACCAAUGAGCCUGUUUGUUUUCAGAGGUCUAGGAAUAUGCAUCUGUCUGAGUAGAUAAACAGAACUAAUCUAUAAAUGGUUGGUAGUAAUAUUUUAGGAUACAGUAAUUUCAAGAAUUAUUGAGUGUUUUCAAUGUGCCCUGAAAUGUUGGCAUGUCAUUUCAGCGUUCCCAUUUGAGUUGCUCUUGUAAUAUUUUUGCACAAAAAGGACUGAGAAAGACUGCUUUGGUUGAAGAAAACUAUAAUUUGGUCUUAUCUUAAUGUCUCCUGUGGAAACACUGGAGGUCAAUUUUGUUGGUAUAGUUACUAAUUCAGGAUAUUUAAAACAGUGUUGAACAACUCACCAGAAAUUAAGUAAACUUAUAUAUUUAAAAAUUAAAAUUCUGUUUUUCCACGUGA